UCAGUUGCUUUUGAUGGGGAGGAAGGGGGGAUGAAGGUAGCAGGGAAGAAGGCUGGAGGAAGGUCCAGCCUGAUCCUGUGUACCAGAUCCAGCGUGUCAGCUGUGCCCAGGGACAGAGGCAGUGGGAUGUAUCCCCUGGGACUGGGACCUUGGGGAUCAGAAGGUCCAGGGUGGAGGUGUUUGGAGAAGGAAGGAUGGGAAAGGAAGACUGCAUGUAGGGAGCCUGCUUGGAGGAGGGCUGGCCAGAGUGGAUCCUGAGAAGAGGUCCACAGGGCACAAGAAAGAGGGAGUUGGCUUUUGGGGAAGUAGAUAGAGAAAGCCCUGGUGGCCGCUGUUGGUGGCAAUUAGAAAGUUGUGCAGGGGGCAGGGCGGCUGCCUUCUCUGCUGAGUAACCAGUGUCUCUGCGGUGCGGUGCGGAAGCCAGACCCCGUCUGAGCCAGCGGAGCAGCUGGCAGCUGCUCUCCUGCGCUUCCAGGAGAGCACUGUGCCUGGGGAAAGAGAACUGGGCGCUUGGAGAGGAGAUCAAGGAGGAACGGGCCACUAGCUCUGGCCGGCUUGCUUGCCUACAAUUGCCCCCUCAGUGUUUGGCUGGAGCACUCGCUCUCUCCAGCGCUAGGGAGCAGUUGGGGUGGUGUGGGCUCUUGUCGUCGUCUCGGCUAGUGGGAACCGUGUGUCCAACAGAGGAAGCCUGGUGGGCCUGGCCCCUCUCAGCCCAGCGCCGAUGAGUGCCAGGGCGCCCAAAGAGCUGAGGCUGGCACUGCCGCCUUGUCUCCUGAACCGGACCUUUGCUCCCCACAACGCCAGCGGAGGCAGCAACGCAGGUGUCCGCGGCUCAGGCGCAGGUGGAGGCACCUGCAUCACGCAGGUGGGACAGCAGCUCUUCCAGUCUUUCUCAUCCACGCUGGUGCUGAUUGUCCUGGUCACCCUCAUCUUCUGCCUCAUCGUGCUGUCCCUCUCCACCUUCCACAUUCACAAGCGUAGGAUGAAGAAGCGGAAGAUGCAGAGAGCUCAGGAGGAAUAUGAGAAAGAUCAUUGCAGCGGCAUCCACGGUGGUGGGGGGCUGCCCCGGGCAGGCGUUCAAGCCCCAACCCAUGGAAAAGAAACCCGGCUGGAGAGGCAGCCCCGGGACUCCGCCUUCAGCACCCCCUCCAAUGCCACCUCCUCUUCCUCCUCUUCGUCCCCUGGUCUCCAGUGCCAGGGUCCCUGUGCGCCCCCGCCUCCGCCGCCGGCCCCCAGUCCACACGGAGCACAGGCAGCUUCCUCCAGUUUGGACACACCUGGCGAGGGCCUUUUGCAAACGGUGGUACUGUCCUGAUUGUGUAGCUCCUCUCCUGACCCCUUCCUCGUUUCCAGCAUCUCCACCAUCCUGGCUUUUGUUCCUCCUUUCUUCCGUUCCGUUCUCCUCUGGCCCUCUUUCCUCUGCCCUCUUUCCUUACCUGCCCACCCUUUUACUGUUCCUCCUCCGCCGAGGCACUGUGCGGUAUUUGUAAAUAUUGGGCGAGGAAAGUCUCAGAGGAAGAAAUAACGCUGAUAAUACUUUAUUGAUAUUUAUAGUAAUUAUUAUACUAUUAAUAACACAGUCCAAGCGCAUGACAAAUCACAUAUUUUCUCAUUGUCAAUGAAGGCUGCAUCUUCCCUCUCCACCCCAUGUCCUCCCCCUCCCCCCCCCCCCCCAGUAAGGAGGAGAAACCGCACAGGCUACCAAACAUAUAUAAAAGGCAUUUGACACCGAAGCAAAGGGAGGGGAGGGGGCCGGCCGGUCACGUUGUAUAUAGCUGCCCCUCCCCCACGGGCUUUCACUUUUCCUUUAGCUUCUCUCCCCUCCCCUUUCUCCACCUCCAGCUGGGCUCAGGCAAGAGUUUAUUAUAAAGGAUACAUCUACAUUAAGCACCAGAGACCACAAAGAAUGUCCCAGAAAAAAAAAAAUGUUUAGGAUAUGUAACCCUUCUCUAGUCAGUCAUCCAUCCUCUCACUUUUUGGUUUCCCUCUGGCAGAAUUUGAAUUUUACUUAGAAAUAUCUCUCUCGCAGGCCGAGCGCAAACAAAAGUUAAAACAAAAAAUAAAGAAUUAAAAACCCCAAACCAUACAAUCUGCUUUUGCACCCUGUUAGGCUCCGCUUGACUGGUGGAGGUUUUUUUGGUUUGGUUUGGUUUGGUUUGGGGUUUUCUGCUCUGUUUUGUUUUGUUUCCGUUUUGGGUUUUUUGUUUUGUUUUUUGUUUUUCCUUGAGCCUCGGAGAAUUCGGGAGCUGUCCAGCCAGGCCUGGUGCUGAAUAUGUCUCACCUUCAUGGUUAACUUCCUCUGGUUGUGCAGACCAAAGAAGGAGCUGUUUUGGAAAGAGAUUGUCUUGGUUUUGAUUGGUUUCUUCCUUCUUUUUAUGCAAUUGGAUUAGUGUGUACUGUUGUUUUUCUUGUUAUCAUACAGUGCAUAAGUUACCUUUAUGUAAAAAACAAAAGUAUUAGGUAAUGUGCAGUUCUGAAAAUGCAGUAUCUAACCGACCAGUAUGUUUAUAUUUUAUUUUUAGAACAAGUGUACCUUUGUUAUAUACUUAUUAUAUUGGUACCAAAUACAGAAGAAAACUAUAGUUCUGUGAUUUGUCCUCCAAACUGUAUAUUCCUGUUCCGACUUUCCAGCUGUUGAUUUAAUGGUUGCCACUGGCUGAGGAAGUCAGUGGUGCGGGCCUGGCUUCUGCUGUUCCCAGAAGUGUUCUUUUGUAUUUUACUCUGUAGUAGACUAUUAUAAAAUGAUGACACCCACGUUUCCCUUUUUCUUUUGUGAAUAACAGAAACAACCACAACAGAAAGCAGGGGAUGGAUGUGCUGGAAUGCCAGCUAUUGAAAACAUGGUUAAUAUUUACCCAGGGCCUGUACUUCGCUGCAUGCGGUUGCCACCUGGAGGCAGUGGUGUGUGUGCUUGCUUGUACUGUAUGUGUUUGGGGGAAAGACUGGUGGAGAUGUUGGGCAAUUUGGAUGACAGGACAUGCAAAUUUCCAAGCAAAUGCUUAUAGAAAAAAUGUUUACCGCCUGUUUAGUUACAACUCUGUGCCUGCAUCUGAUAUACAGCAAAGAGGGAUCUUUCUUCUUCCCAGGUCUGGCCUAAUUAGACUCCCUGAACACUUAGACAAUAAUAUUAAGGAAGAAAGAGAGUGAGAGAGAAGAGACAUCUGUUGUAACCCAUCUACAUUCCACCCUGCGGCUGGGCUUAAGGCAGCAGGACACCCCCACAUCUAUCCCGCUCUAGCUGCCCUCAGUGCUCUGUCUUGUUUCAAGUUGUAUGUGCUUAUUAUCCAUAGAAACUAUUGCUGCUAAUGUUUUUGGUUGUAUAUAAAGUUUCCCGAGCUCAGUCUGUAUCUUUAUAAAAUAAUUUAGUAAGGUUGAUUUAGUCACCAGUCAGAUAUCAUCCAAGUCCUUUUAUGAAGCACAGAAGACCAUCAUUUAAGCAUGCCAUGUUUUAUCAUUAGGAAGACCAGGUAUAAUUUUUGGGUGUGAUAUACUAAAUAAUGAACCAGAUUCUCUCUAGUGCCUUAGUCAUUUCCUAGUAACAGGACAGAGCGUAUUUGCUCCCUCAGGCCACCAAGGAACCUGUUAGUGUAUCAGAGCUCUACAUUGUACAGCAGAACGACUAAGGCACUGUCAAGGAGAACGUCCUUUUAUCUCUUUAAUUUACCUUCAUCCAACUGUGGCUUUUUUUUUCAACUGUGGCUGUUAACACCUUCUUACAGAAUGGGCUUUGGAUGUGAACUCUGAAUAAAAUCAGGAACCCAGAAGGAAGCUUCAUUAUUUCAGUGAGCUCUACUUCAGUGCAUAGGUCUUACUUUCCCCCCAUUAGUUGGUGCACUUUUUUUUCCCCCAGUAAAUAAUUUCCCAUUUUGUUAAAGCAAUAAGAUCUUCUGUUUUGAGCAGUGCUAGAUGCUGAUUCCACUUCCUUGGUGCUGAAGCGACUCCUGUGUUCUUGCCUUAUGAAUCACAGUGCAUUCAAGGCAUGCAAUAAUGAACCCCUUCCAAGAAGCAGCCUGUACACCCUAGGGGGCAAUGUCCUAUAUACUUUCCCAAAAGAAACAGAGGAAGCAGGAGGUAAUCUAAUUAUGUGUAUCUAAAAAGUCUUGAUACCUCUCACCAUAAGCACACAUCUGUAAUGUGCUAUUAUUAUAUGUGUAUAUGCCUUUUUUUCAUCAAUUGACUAGGGUUUAAUAUUUUAAUAGUGUCCCGUGUAAAGAUGAUGCUGCUUGUUAAUCAUAUUUCAUGCUGAGUUUAAUAUGCUGUGAAGCUGGUGGUGUCACUCAAGAUUUCUGUGAGCUAGAAUGAGUAUUACAUGAAAUUCUAGUAGGCCAGAUCCCACACCAAAUUACUGCAAUAAGCAUAUGACAAUGCAAAUUUCUAUAGACUUUAUUUAGAUUGCUACUUAGAGAGCUCAGCUGACCCAUGUGACAUGCAAGUUUUUAUUUUUAAUGAGACAAAAGGCAAUAUGAAAAUAGCUAAAUUUACUCUAAGGAUUCUGUUUACUGAUGUCCCGUCAAACUAAUUGCUUCAACCCUCUAUAGCUACAGCUCAACUCCUGCACUUGCUAUUCAGUAUUAUAAGGUAGCAUGCUUGAUUCUUACUGUUUUAAAAAUGAGAAAAAUAGAGAGAGAAUGCCAAUAUGUUAACUGUAUGGGGCUCUGACUCUUGAAGAUGUAGAUGGAUAUAAUCUUUAGAAUUUAUAUACACCCAUAGAUAUGUAUUUAUAUAUGCAUACAUUUUGUACAAAUUUACAAUGGACUUUUUGUAUUCUCUUUUCUGUCAUUAUAAGUAUGAGACUGAAACCAAAUAGUUGUUCCAUUCUCUGAUCCAGAGAGGAUCUGAGAAGUCAGGUAUAUGCAUGCACUUGUUUUUCUGGGGUCAAAUCGGAAUGACUUUCUCUUUAUUUAAUGGAAGGGGAGAGUCUUCUUUGGCUUGGGAAAUUGGUAAUUAGAUAAGCUUCCUUUCCUAUAUUAGUGACUCAAACGUAGCAAUGAUAAUGAAGUUAUGACCACAUCCAUGUGGUCCAGCUAUCUAGAUGGAAUAAACAUUUAUCUACAAGAGCUUUGGGGCAAUCUAGACCACAAUCGUGGAUUGCACUUUGAGUUUUCGUUUUCAUUUUUUGGCUUAUAUGUUGUAUAAGAUACAACGUAUAUCUGCAUAUUUAAAGGUGAAAUUAAAAAAUAACUAUUAUUUGUUUAGUUUGACAAGUAGCUUUUUGAAAAAUAUGGGCAAUUUAGCUUUAAAAAUUGCUUAGCAUUUGACUUUUUUACCCUUCCUAGCUGUAACCAUUGAAUUGAUUAGAUAAUGACUAAAAUGUCUUUUCCAUUGCAUAGGCAUAGGCUGUAAGUGCUUUUUUAUGGAUAUGAAAAUUACUAGCUGAUAUUAUCUGAAAGUUACGGGCUAAAUUAGAACCAAAAACUUUAAUAUGGCUUCUGAAGUCCACUCCCAGGGGAAUCUAGUGUACGGACUUGAAUCUGAAAAGCCACUUAUUCAUGUUUGGAAGUAGUGGUGUGGCUCACAGAUGUUUUGCCUCGUAUAAGAAUGAGUUGCCCCAUCUACACCGGAAACUAUUUCAUCGCUGGGCUGAAUAUAAAUCUGAAAAUGUUUUUUCCCCUUUAUUUGGUAACAUUUGAGAAGCAGAUGUUAUGGCUUGACAUCAAUACUUAAUACCACCAAACUGAUGUUACAAUUGGUACCGUGUAGGAAUGUUUAGUGGAGAAUAAAAAUGUACUUAGGUUUAAUUGGGAGACAAUGGAUUAUUCAAGUUGUCCGACCCAUUUGAGGCGGAAUAUUUCACUGAGGCUGUGGUCUCAAAAGAUUGCUGCUAUAGAGAGGUUAACAACAGUGACAGCACUGAUAGAAAAACUGACUUUUGAACUUGAGUAUAUUCAAUAGCUAGAAUAAAACAGGUAUUAGAAAUUCACAAAAAUUUUGUUUUGCUUUUAUAUCAAUAAAAGAGUUUUCUUGUUAA